AUGCGUACUGGAGGGAAUAAAUUUCGCAAAAACGUUCUCGUCAGCAACUGGUGGGUAGCACGCGCUGAAGCAGUGCGCAUGCGCCUGAGCCCCGCCAGCCACCAACAGCAGUGCCACGAGCAACAGCAGUGCCACGAGCAACAGCAGUGCCACGAGCAACAGCAGUGCCACGAGCAACAGCAGUGCCACGAGCAACAACAGUGCCACGAGCAACAACAGUGCCACGAGCAACAGCAGGGCCACGAGCAACAGCAGUGCCACGAGCAACAGCAGUGCCACGAGCAACAACAGUGCCACGAGCAACAACAGUGCCACGAGCAACAGCAGUGCCACGAGCAACAACAGUGCCACGAGCAACAACAGUGCCACGAGCAACAACAGUGCCACGAGCAACAACAGUGCCACGAGCAACAACAGUGCCACGAGCAACAGCAGUGCCACGAGCAACAGCAGGGCCACGAGCAACAGCAGUGCUACGAGCAACAGCAGGGCCAGGAGCAACAACAGUGCCACGAGCAACAGCAGUGCCACGAGCAACAGCAGGGCCACGAGCAACAGCAGGGCCACGAGCAACAACAGUGCCACGAGCAACAACAGUGCCACGAGCAACAGCAGGGCCACGAGCAACAGCAGUGCCACGAGCAACAACAGUGCCACGAGCAACAGCAGGGCCACGAGCAACAGCAGGGCCACGAGCAACAGCAGGGCCAGGAGCAACAACAGUGCCACGAGCAACAGCAGGGCCAGGAGCAACAACAGUGCCACGAGCAACAGCAGUGCCACGAGCAACAGCAGGGCCACGAGCAACAGCAGGGCCAGGAGCAACAGCAGUGCCACGAGCAACAGCAGUGCCACGAGCAACAGCAGUGCCACGAGCAACAACAGUGCUACGAGCAACAACAGUGCCACGAACAACAGCAGUGCCACGAGCAACAACAGUGCCAUGAUCAACACUCUCCCUGA